AUGUGCGUGACAUUUAGGAAACGAUUAGAAACUACUAGACUAUACACCAAAUCUCUUAAUAGUAUUGACACCAAUUGGGAGACAAUGGGGAUCGACGUGGAAAGAGUGGCCACUAAAGUCCUCGACGAGGGCCUGUUGUGUGGCAUAUGCAGUGACAUACUGGAGGACCCGCUCAUGAUUGAUGUCUGCGAACACUCCUUUUGCAGACAUUGUAUCUGCAGAUGGUAUAAGACUAGCAAAACAUGUCCGACGGAUAGGAAAUCAUUCACUGAAGACAAAUUGGUUAAAAUACCCCGAUUUAUGAAUAACCAUUUAAAUGAAUUGAAACUGAAAUGCGUUCAUUACAAGAAUGGCUGCAAAGUGGUCGCAACUCUGGAGACCAUUGAUAACCACCAAAAGGAUUGCACUUUCGAUCCGACUGAACGACGAGUGGCCGUUAGGACCGAAAGCCCGCUCAGAGACCUGUCAUUCCUUAUAAGAUCUGGAUAUCGAUACCGAUUCCACCAUAAAUUGCUGAUGACUUCGAUGACGGGUGAGGUUAAGAAGAAUGCCAUCCGACUGGUGAAAGAGGCGCUGUAUUGUUGCGGUCGCGUUGACUUCACGGCAAUCGCCGUCUUUAUAAAGACUUAUUUGGAGCCCAAAAACGCUCGGUUCUGGCACUGUAUCGUCGGAACCGACUUCGACUGCUUUGUCACCGCUUCCUAUUGCUAUUUGUCGGUCCAAUUCGACGGCAUCUCUAUUAUGGCGUUCAAAACUUUGUAA